AUGUCCGAACAAAACGAAGGCGUAUUCUCUGUCUCUUCCUCCAUCGUUAUUGAUGCGCCUCCGUCGGUUGUCUGGAAGGUCAUUCUCGAUUUCCCAGCAUACAAAGAAUGGAACUCCUUUGUCCGUGCUCAGGUUCAGCUCGACCAAUCGAAGAAGCCGCUAGCCGACCAGUCGGUACCUGUUGAGCUAGGCUCCUUCCUGCGUUUAUCAGUGCACCUACCCCCCACAAUGGACGACUCUGUGUCAUUUACGCACUCCGACGAGAUUGUCACCGAGCUCGACUCGUCCAACUUCCGCGUUGCUUGGAGGUUCUUGCCGCCGAUUCCCGGAAUACUCAAUGCCGAGCGAUGGCAGCAACUCACAGCGACUGAUGGCGGGAAGACCAAGUUUGAGACGAAGGAAACGUUCCGUGGACCUGUCGCCUACGUCGUUCGAUGGAUGUUACGCGAUAAGCUUCAGGGCGCUUUCGAGACUUACGCCGACGACCUCAAGAAACGCUCUGAAUCCCUCACUUAA